AUGCCCUCUCCCGUGGCUUUGAAUCCGCCUUCCCCUUCUCCGUCCAUCUUCCAAAAGAAAGAAUCGCUAUUGCCGUCAAUUAAGACGACAGCGUCGUACCUUUCUUCUGUGCAUCAAGCAGAUACCCGCGCUCGCAGUCACCGUAACACCUCCACUCCGUCAAGCCCAACCCUUUCCCUCUCUUCCUCCAUCACGAAUUCGUCCAAGGACACCCUCGACGAGGACGAUGAUAUCAACAGUCCGGCGCACCCCCUUAUGUCACGCACCUCCGAGCACGUCUUCACCACCGUUCACACGGAAUUUGGUCACUGUUCAAAUGAGGCCUACCGUUGCACCUCCGAGCACAAUUAUACUAAACAAUUCGAAGAGCACAUCAUUGAGGAGCCUCCAUACUAUAUACUCGUCACCACCUACAUAAGUCUAUUCAUUCUCCACUUUCUCGGCCGUAUGCGCGACAUCUUUGGAAAGUGUUUUGCAAAGUCUCAUUUUACCCACCUUAUGCUCCAUAAUGGUUACGCACCUUUGAACUCGGAUUUUGAUUCGUUCUACACCCGACGGCUCAGGGGUCGCAUGACCGACUGCUUGUGCCAGCCUGUCACGGGCGUUCCAGGUCGCACUAUUACUAUCCUCGACCGUUACUCCACCGAUAACAACUACACUCAAAUCUACACAGGUGGCAAGACACGUGCCCUGAACAUCUCAUCGUAUAACUAUCUCGGCUUCUCCCAGGGCCGCGGGGGUUGCUCAGAUGUAAUCGAAGAAAGCAUCCGCCGAUAUGGUGUCUCCACAUGUGGCACGCGUAUUGAGGGUGGAAGCUCCGAGCUCCAUGUAUCUGCUGAAGUUCUUACUGCGCGUUUUAUCGGCAUGGAAGACGCAUUGGUCAGCUCUAUGGGAUUCGCUACCAACUCCACUUUCAUCCCUGGACUCGUGGGAAAGGGGUCCCUGAUCAUUUCCGACGAAUUGAACCACAUUAGUAUUCGCGUCGGUGCACGACAAAGUGGCGCACAUGUCCGGACAUUCAAACACAAUGAUAUGUCAAGCUUCGAGUCCCUCCUGCGUGAGGUGAUAAGCCAGGGUCAGCCAAAGACGCAUCGUCCGUGGAAGAAGAUCUUGGUCAUCGUCGAGGGUUUGUACUCCAUGGAGGGUACGCUCUUGAACCUGCCUAGGAUCAUUGAGCUGAAGCAAAAGUACAAGUUCUACCUUUAUAUUGAUGAGGCGCACUCGAUCGGUUCGCUCGGUCCUCGGGGUCGUGGUGUAACAGACUACUUCAACAUCCCCCCUCAUUCAAUUGAUGUCUUGAUGGGCACGUUCGCCAAGUCCUUUGGUGCUGCUGGCGGAUACAUUGCAGGACAGAAAGCGGUUAUCGAUGCUCUGCGGCUGCGUAGUCACUCGGGUCCGUAUGCGGAAGCAAUGACGCCGCCUGUGCUCGCCCAGGUUGUUGCCUCGAUUGCCAGUAUCAUGGGCAUUGCUCCGGUAGCACAACCAACCAAUUCCGCUCUUUCCCUUAGCCCUGCGGACUCAAUUGCCACGCCGAGGGACAAUGCAGAGAAAUUUUCAGGUUUGGCACCUGCAGGCCUUCUGCCGACGUGGGUGAACCUUCACCCGGCUCUCGCGGACGGAUCCGAAGCUCGCAUGCGUAUCCGCCGUCUUGCCUUCAAUUGCCGGUAUCUGCAUGCAGGCCUCAAGAAACUCGGCUUCAUCAUCUACGGACAUCCCUUCAGCCCAGUUGUUCCCUUGCUCAUCUUCAACCCGGGUAAGUUAUGCACGUUCGUGCGUAUGAUGCGUGCACGGAGCACACCAAUUGUGGUUGUGGUCGUUUCGUACCCUGCCACUACGUUUGAGACGUCUCGUGCGCGGUUUUGUCCCAGCGCGUCGCAUACAAAGGAGGAUAUAGACAUGGUGCUGCGGGCAUGCGAUGAGGUGGGCGGAAUUCUGGACUUAAAGCAUGGUUUGGGAGAGCGGUGGGGGAUUGAUGAGGUCUGCGAGCGAGCUGUGGAGCUUGUGCACUCUCUGUGA